ACAUGCAAAACAUGUUUUAUCCAAUCAGCACAAAAUUUAUUUAAUGCGACCCUGAAAAGUUCUUUAUUAGUAAUCGACCAUCUCCUAAACUUCAUAAGGUAAACGAUGCCAAAAGACACAGAAUUAGUUUAUGUCCAAAGCGACGCUGUGAAUACAAUUGUGAAAGUGUUCAACAAAACUGAAGAAUCGUUGGCUGAAGAUGUCCUAAACUUAAAAAACUGGAUGAAAUGUCAGCAUCACCUUCCCGAAAUUUUAGAUGACAAAAGUGUGCAAAAUUUUUUAAUCUUAAAUAAAUAUAAUAUAGAAAAAGCAAAAGCUAAAAUUGACAUGUACUACACCUUUCGAAGUCAGGUACCUGAUUUGGUCAAAAAUAUCAAUCCUCGUUGUUCAGUCAUGAAAGAAGUGGCAACACUAGUAUACAUUGUACUCUUACCAAAAAUGACCAAGGAUAUGUACAGAGUAUUUGUGGCUAAAUGCCGAACUAAAGACAAACUGGACCAAAUUGAUGUCUAUGACGUACUUAAAAUGGCUGUUAACUUGCAAGAAAUAAGGUUAAAAGAAGAUAUCAUGUUCGGAGAUGUGAUCAUUUUUGAUUUAGAAGGGACUUCCGUACGUUUUUUGUCAAAACUGACACCAACUUUUCUGAUGACAUUCAUAACUUUGUAUAAAAAAGUAUAUUCUCUUCCACUGAAAGGUGUGUACUUGAUUAAUAGUGUCCCUUACGUGGAAACGAUACUAACCAUCGUCAAGGCUCUCGUCACACCUAAAUUAUUCGGAAGGAUUCAUGUGUGCAAAGACGCGAAUAUUUUAAAGGAGCACUUUCCUUUAGAGAUGUUACCUAAGGAUUACGGUGGUACCGAAAAGUCAAUCGAGGAAUUGCAUGUUGUAGAAUUAUACCCCCUUAAGUAUCAAGAAUACCAAGACCGUUUCGAUCUACUGGAUAAAUUGAGAGUGAAUGAGAGUUUAAGGCCAGCCAGACUUGCAGACGAAAACGACGAAUUUUUGGGAUAUCAUGGCAAUUUUAAAAAGUUAGAGAUUGACUAACACUUAUUUUGCACUGUAUCCAAAGAUUAUUAUUUGACUUGCUUAGUAUGACAUGUAUACAGGGUGACUGCAAAAUAUAUGCAAAUAUUUUAAC